UGCCUAUCAGUGCAGGUGCCAGUGUUACCAAAACACAUUGGUAAAAGAUAGAUGACUGCAGGAUAUAAGCAGCAGGAAUCAGAGGAGCUGUGAGCAACGAUGAUAAUCUCAAUCCACUUCACCCUGCUCCUUCUUUGGGCAACCCAAGCUGCAGUGACCAGUAUACCCAUUAAUAGUAUUCCUGUUGCACUGGGGGACUCUCUUACGUUAAACUGCACCUACAACUGCUCCAGUGGAUUCAUCCGUGGCUGUUGGAGCAAAGGCCUUAAUUCAUCCCAGUGUCUCGGAGACAAGAAAAUCGCCCCAAGCAGCUUUUGCACAAUAUCUGUUCAUCUAUCAAAUGUGUCCAGGAAGGAUCUGAAUAACUACACUUGCUACACGCUGAAUACAGACCAUCCACAACUCCAGAAAAAAACACAACGCAUUGUGUUACUAUAUGUUCCAGUUCAUACAAGUACCCCAGACUGGACGGAUACGACUAAGACUGAAAUUUUCACUGCAUCUCCUCCUGCUCAACCCGAAGAUUCAGAAGUUGAGAUGACACUUUGGCAAGGGGAAGUUACUGGAAUCAAGGUGUUGGCAACAGUUACGAUCGCUGUGGCCAUGGUCCUUGCAGCAUUGGCUGUUUACUUAUGUAUAAACCGGAGCAGACAAAACUGGAAUGGCAAAGGGGAGCCUGUUGUUUCCAGUUCAGGAUCACCAAUAACUUCUCAUACCAUCCUCUCACCGGCUAAAGGGUCACUGCCAACCCAAAGUGAAAGAGUGACACUGAGAAUUCCAACACCAGAUAAUCAGAGUGACACUGAGGUUCCCUAUGCUGAUAUCAUGAUCACUGUCCGGGGUGCCAGUACACCAGAACUCACCCAGAUCUGCUACUUGACUCCUGGAGAUCAAAGAGAGCGGUGGAGAGAGGAAUCAAGCAUCAGCUGCGGUCCCAGGUCUCAUCUGCAGGCCUCUCGUUCAGCUGACAGGCUCCAUGUCCACCAGCCCAGAGAGGUGACCCGCAAAAUGAGUACCAACUCGGAGUAUGCAGUUAUCACUUAUGCCUGAGGAGAA